AUGUCAGAAUCUGGCCACAUUCAACCCGGCGUGUAUGGACAGGGACGGAGGAGAAGGCCACGCCGAGACAGAGAUGUGGGUCCCCCGGGGCAAAACCUCUCUGGUCCCAGUCGAGAUCGAGAAUAUGUCCCCAGAGAAUGCAGGGAUGCCAGUGAGGAGCUUCCAGGACCACUCCUUCAGAAGAACCCCAUCAUACUGGCCAAACCCCUUGGAGAACGGUCCAAGCCUUCCAAGAGUGUACCCAUCAUGCUCAUCAAGACCAGGGAGGAUGGGGGGAAACCAGGGACCCCUCCUGAGGUGGCUUCUCCGGCCUCUGGCUCUGGGGCCUCAAAGCUAGAGAGGGAGGGCCAGCGCCCUACCCAACCUGUCUACCAGAUCCAAAACAGAGGCAUGGGAGCAGCUGCUUCCAGCGGUGCUGUCGACCCUGUGAUUGUCCAGACCAAGCUCGUCCCCCCUGAGAAGAUGAAGCACAGCAUCAAGCUGGUGGACGAUCAGAUGAACUGGUGUGACAGCGCCAUGGAGUACCUAAGGUACCAGACAGACAUGUUGGUAGUGGGAGUCAUUGGCCUGCAGGGAACAGGGAAAUCCACCAUCAUGUCUCUCCUGUCUGCCAACGCACCUGAAGAAGACCAAAGGGGCUAUGUGUUCAGGGCUCAGACUCAGGAGAUCAAAGAGAGAGGAGGGAACCAGAGCACUGGUAUUGACUUCUACAUUACCCAGGAAAGAGUCAUCUUCUUGGACACACAGCCCAUUCUUAGCCCCUCCAUUUUGGAUCGCCUAAUCAACAACGAACGUAAGCUGCCUCAUCUUCCUCACACCUACGUGGAGAUGCAGUCUCAUGAUUCAUUUUUUUAUCAUUCUCUUCAGAUCACUGCCUUCCUGUUCACAGUGUGCCACGUGGUCAUUUUGAUUCAAUACUGGUUCACUGACAUCAACAUCUACAGGUUCCUCCAGACAACAGAGAUGUUAAAGCCCUCCACCCCCUCAGCCAGCCAUGACAGCACUGGCUCCUCUGGCACCGAAGAGGGAUCAGAGUACUACCCACAUCUAGUGUUCCUGCAGAACAAAUCUAGUCGUGAUGAGUUCUGUCCCAGAAACCUGAAGAAGAUGCACAUGGCAGUGGACAAGCUGAUGGCCCACUCCCACCUGAAAUACAAAGGCACGUUGUCCAUGCUGGACUGUACUAUUUUCCCUGGACUGGACUGCGACUACCUGGAAACAGAGGUCAACAUGUUCUUGCUGCCCCUCAUGGAGAAUGAGGGGGAGGACGCGCUAACCAAAGCAGGGUCUGGGGCCGCCCCCCUCUUCUCUCUCCUCCCGGGCUACAGAGGACACCCCACCUUCUCUCAGGUCUCCAAGCUCCGCAGCCAAAUCCUGUCCAUGUCCCGCUGUCAGCUGUCACACCACCAACUUACGAAGCUUAACUGGUUUCAUUAUGCAGUUCGCAUCUGGGGCGGGGUGAAGAAGUCCUCAGCCCUGUCUGAAUACAGUCGUCUACCUGCCUAGCAGCACUGUCAACCUGUUAUGAAUAUACUGGAGGAAAUGGAUGUCCCUGUCCUACAUCAGGACCAGAAGAGACAGAGAGAGAGGUGGGUCUGGAGAUGGACAGUGCCAGUACUAUUGGGCUCACAGGUUCAGUCAGUGGUGAUAUGAGGUGCUUGAUGUUGAGGAGAGGUCCA